CCGAUAUCGUGGUAUAGAAAUCAAUUUAAAAUCAUUCAUGUCUUCUAAAUCUGAUUCAGUGUUAAAAAAUAGACAUGUUGGAUUAGUAAAAUCAUAGACAGUGUAGAAUUAUACAGAGUACACGUUGCAUGUCAUCUCAAAAGAACGGAAUGGAAGAAAUACAAGCAGAGCUUAAGAAGUGUCCUUCAAGUUUUGAUGUGUUGGAAACCUUCCAGUUAGUACGGAAGACAUUAAGAAAACAAAAGACAAACUUCUUCUUGAUGAAAGGUCUGAAGAAUAUGACACAGACAUAGAAUUGCAUAGAACAUGGAACUUGAUUUCUUUCUUAUGCUUUUUUAUUAAAGAUUACACUGGGGCAGAAACAUACGUCAAAAAAGUGUUAGAGAGUGAUCCUGACAACAUGAUUGCUCACUCAAAUAAAACAUGGUUCUCCCUCAAACAAUGCAGCAUAGACAGGCAGUAUAAAGAUGACUGUAAGAAAUUAGAAGGAAUAAAGAAGAAUAACCUUGCCUGUUUAGUGGCGAAAGCUGAAAUUGCAUUUACGUAGUCACGUCUUGGUCGAAAAAGAUAUGAUAUAGCUAAAUCGUUGUAUAAGAAUGUCAUUGAUGAAUGCAAUGAACUUAUGGCAAAAGAUGAAAACAAAGAUAGCAAGCUUCUAACAAGUUACUUUUGUGUUUGGAUGUUUGGUUACGCACUCGUCGAAAUAAGACUUUUGAAUUUUAGUAAUACGUUUGAUGAGACUGAGCUGGAUCUUUCUGCUGAUAACUAUGGGCGUGUAAUAAAGCUUUACUGUAGAAUUAUUCAACAGGAAGAAUGCAGCAAAUGUGUCGGAAGAUAUCGAGCAAGGUCAUAUACUGAGUUGGGUUUUCUUGCAUACAAUAUACAGAAGAUGGCACUAAGUGAUAUAUACUUUGCGAUUGCUUUGAAGAUUUCCCCCAAUGACGGUUACGUUCUCCAAAGAAGUGGCCAGUUUUAUAAAUACGCUGGAAACAUUAAACGUUCUAUACAAUUACUGAAAGAAGCAAUCAAAAUUAAAGGCACAUCUCAUGCUUACCAUCAUUAUGCCUUGUCCAUGAGAAGAAAACUUGAUAUCGAUGUUGGAAAUUCGUGUACAUCGACCAAACCGAGGUCAAUGGCACCUGUUAAUUUACCUCUUAAACAAAAACCAAUCGAUUAUAUGGCGAAUAUAAAAGUUGCUGACGAGAUAAUACAAUGCUUUGAUAAGUUUGGCUAAUGCAUUUGAACAAGCAGGACUUUGUCUUUGUGAGAUGAUGCUUGAACAACAAGAUAGAAGCGAACACAGAAAAGACAUGGAGCAAAAGAUGAAGAUGUAUUUGAAAAGUUCAAUAGAAAUAUCAUGUAGCUUAGAUGCAUACAUUCCAGCGCUAAAAAGUUACUGGAAAUCCGCCUCAACAUUAGAAUCAAUCAUUGAUGACGCAAGCACGAAAGAAAAUAAAGAAGACCGUCUUUUUCCGUAUAAAAAGUUGGGCAGACACCAAGAGGCACUUGAAGUACUCAACGAAUUAGAAGAAUUAGCACAGACUCAGGAGGAAAGAGUUAAAAUAUUGAAAGAAAAAGUUGAAAAAUACCUUACUUUAGGCUUGUAUGAUGAUGCAGUGUUUGCUCUAAGCAUGUUGCCAGAUGUGAUUGAUACGAUAGGUGAGGAAAUGUACCUGAAUAUUUACGUAGAGGCCGGAAUAGAUGCUUUGAAAAUGGGACACGAUGGCAAAGCACGAAAUCGUAUUCAGAGAAUGUUAAAAAUGCGAAACAGAAACAAGACCAGUGAAGUCAAUGCCAAGCCAAACGUUGCUUCCCUUGAAGAAAGAUAUGACAUAUUCAUAUUAUGUAAUACCAAAGACGAAGGGAAUGGUAAGAAACUAAUGGAUAUCAUGAUUCGAAUGGGACUGCAAACAACACUCAACACAGAUAGACUGCUUCCGGGAACUUCUAUGCUUUCAGGUAUGACGGAUGAAAUGAAAAAGUCGAACCAUUUUAUGAUUAUAUUUGACUUUGACGCUGAUGAUAAGAGUUUAGCAAACCGUAUGAGGCACUUAACGGAACGACUACAAUCAAUCGUUGAAGCUAGGGAACCGAGAUCAAGUACCAUAAUGGUUAUAAAGGCAAUAACCUGUGAUACGGUCCCUGAUAUGUUUCUUGGUUAUAAAACUAUCGACAUGGAACUUCAGACUGUCCUCGAGGACUUCACCAAGAAUGAAAAUGCUUGUCAAAGUGUGAAAGAAUUAUUGAUAGCCCUUUCGUCUAGUUCCUGAAAUUUGAUGAAUUCAGAGAAAGCCAUCCAAUUUAAAAGUACGUCAAGAGGACUUUUACAGGUUUUUUAUUGACAUUAUUAUCAACAAUAUCACAAAAUAUUAACACAGGCAAGAAAGCGUUUUAAAAGUUUUUAUCUUAAGUUACACAGAACAUUUGACAAACUUGAAGCAUAACAUUGAUCAAUAUAGCUUAUUAUAUACAAAUCUGAUUCUUUAA